AUGAAAUUUUUAAUUAGUUUGUUGGUUUUAAUUAUCAGUUUAUCAUCAAUGAUUAAUUCGCAAAAUAGUGGUGAUAUUUACGAAAGUGCAUAUAGAUUUAGAAUCAAUGGGGGACAGUGUGGUGAAACUGUGGUCGAAUUUAGUCCAUAUGGUGGUUGUCAGUUAGGGUGUCCAAUCGGCGUUGGUUAUUUAAAUUUUAGACAAACAAGUAACAAUUCUUUUGUAGCAACUCGUUAUACUAAUUCAGGAUGUUCUGCUCAACCAACAACACCAUUAUCUUUUAAUUUUACUUGUACAAAAAACAAUGAAAUAAUUGACAUUCCAGAAACAGAUAUCCAAGUUAAUUGUUAUGCCCCAUCUUUAUCCAUGCCAGAUCCAGUUCAAGAAGAUUCUUCGACAUCAUCUACCAUUUAUGUUAGUUUUAUCCUUUUAAUAAUUGGAUUUAUCGCUUCAUUAUUAUAA